AUGUAACAAACUCCAAGAGCUAUUUAAUUGAUUGCCAUCGAGCCUUAAACUAAAAGUAUUAAAACAAACGAAUUUAUUAGAAUUAGUCCUUUGUUAGGAAGCUGUGUAGAUAAUAAAAUCUUUUAAUGAUAAAUGCAAGAAUUUUGCUGUGAUUGUGGUUGUUGGUAAAUACAGAACAGGAAAAAGCUAUUUAAUUAAUUAGUUGUUACUCUAAUAAAGCAGAGGAUUUGAAGUUGGAUCUACUAUCAAUUCAUGUACUAAGGUAAGGAAUAUUGAAAAAUAUUAUUACAGGGCUUAUGGAUGUGGUCAGAGUUGAUCUAUUUUGAGUCAGGUAGAAAUAAAGAACCCAUCCCAGCAAUUUUAAUUGAUACCGAAGGAAUUGGUUCAGUCGAAGAAGAUAUGAAUCAUGAUGUUAAAGUGUUCCUUUUGGCAAUGUUAAUGAGCAGCUAUUUUAUUUACAAUAGUGUUGGGACUAUCGAUGAUAUGGCAUUGCAGAAUUUGGGGUUGAUUGUAAAUUCCUUUGUAAAUUAUAGGUUAAUUUAACAAAAAUGCUUUAGAAGGCAGAUUAAAAUACAUAGAAGGAUUUAUUUGAAACCUUUCCCUCUUUUUUGUGGAUCUUGAGAGAUUUCACACUCCGACUAGAGGAUGAGUAUGGGAAUAAGAUCCUUCCAAAGGAUUAUUUAGAAGCUGCACUCAAGCCUUUAAAAGGAAUAAGUGAAACUAUAGAGAAUAAAAAUAAAAUUAGGAGACAUAUAUCUUAAUUCUUUUCUGAAAGAGAUUGCAUCACUCUUGUCAGGCCUACAGAGGAUGAGAAAGCUCUUCAAUAAUUAGGUAGUGUAAAAUUUGAAGAACUAAGAGUAGAAUUUUAGGAAUAGGUGCUUGCCUUGAGAAAGAAAUUAUCAUUUAAGGUUUAGUUCAAGUAAUAUAAAGGCAAAGCCAUAACUCCCUUCACUUUUAUUGAAAUGUCUAAGUAAUAAUAACAUGUUGAAAUUUAGGUAUUUUGUGGAUGCGAUAAAUCAAGGUACUUUACCUGAAAUUGCAACUUAAUGGCAGAUGAUUCAAGAACAGGAAUUCGAAUAUCAUAUUAACACGUAAAUUGAUUAUUACAAGUAAGCAAUAGAAGAGUUCUUUCAGGAUGAGGACUUGGGAGAUUUGCUUGAAUUGCAUUAAAUAGUAAAUCUAUAUUUAAUUAGUAGUUGUUGAAGAAAAUUAAAAAUUAUUUAGAAGGGAAUAGUGAAAAAGAAAUCUUUAUAAAGAAAUGGAAGAGUGUGAAAAAGGAUUUAGAAAGAUUGUUUAAUGAUUCAUAAAGAAGAUAUCAAGAUCUGCAAUUAGUUUAAUUGGAAACAAUAAAAAACAAUUUUAUAGAUGAAAUUCACCAUUAUGAUAAAGAGGACUUCUGGGGUAUCGUUGACAUAGCAAAUAAUGCUGUGUCCGAAUAUCUCUCUAAAAAUAUUAAUACUAAUGAACUUUAGAAAUAUAUCACAUAGGUAUGGGAAAGUACGGUGCAAAGAAUAUAGCAUGAAUUUCAUAUUAUUAAAAAUCUGUCUAAUUUGCAUAUUCAAAUUUAAUCAAAAUAAGAGCUUGAAAUUAGGAGAUUAUAAACAGAAUUGCAGAGUUAUUAGGAAUUUUAAUUGGAGGAUAAUAGAUAAAAGGAUAAACUAAUUGAAAAAUUAAAACUUGAAAAUGAAUAGAUCAAAAAGCGAAAUUCUGUUUCAGAAACUCUUAUUUCUGAUCUAAAAUUAUAAUUAGAAUAGUUACAAUAAGAUCAUAAUUAAUAAUUAAAAUCAGUAGACAAUCAAAAUAAAUAAGAAUUAAAUAAAUUGAGAUCCAUAAUAUCCAAAUUUGAAUAAAGAGUUAUAGAUUCAAAUGUCAACAUUGAUAAAUUUUCUAAUCUUUAUCAAUAACAAGAGAAAGAACACCAAUCAGAAUAAAAUGAACUCAAAUUAGAAAUCUUGAAAUUGAACUCAUAGAUUUCAGACUAUCAAGUAUAGAUCAAAGAGAAUAGAAGUGACAUCGAAGGUGAUAAAAAGAAUGAAAAUUAUUAUUCAGCCAGAAAGUAAUAAAAACAUAAUACCAAUGAUUGUGCCUUCAUUAAUAAUAUGCAAAAACAAAGUGAAAAUACGUUGCAAGAAUGGAAAUAUUAAAAAGAAUAUAUAAGAAAAUAAUUAUAAGAAGCUUACUAUAAAAUAUAAGAAGAAAAGAAACAAAAUGAUGCACUCAUUAAUAGUUUAAAGUAAUAUUGA